UCUAGAUUAGAUCUAAAUCGUUCGCUUCUUUCUGUCAGAAGUCGAUUAAAUGGGAGGACUUCCGUAACGAGCGACACUAUGAGACAGAACAGAAUUGAAGGCUAGGGAUACAAUACAGACUUUGCCAUCAUGUCUGGAUUUGAUCAGCAAGAAGGAUUUUUCCAAACCAACUACUAUGACAACCAACAGAACUACAGCUAUGACAAUCAAGGUCAACAAGCCCAGUUUGGCCAAGAACCUCAAUUUGGUCAGUUUGACUACAGCCAAGGCUACAGCGGAGAGCAGCAGUAUGCCGCCCCGGAGCAGAACAUGUACACCGGGUCUAUCAUGACUCCGAGCACUUCCAACUUUGCUGACAAAGCAGAUUCUGGCGGUGACAGCUAUGAAGAUGAACCACCUCUGAUGGAAGAGCUCGGGAUUAACUUUGAUCACAUUGUCCAGAAG